CUAAUGUUCUAAUGAGCAUCCACAGAGACAGGUGGAGAUUAUGACACACAACAAUCAAACGAUACGGAAGGACGACAGGUUUACAAAUCUUCUUAAUUGGGCUCUCAAAAACUGAUUAGACAUCAAAGGUGUUUUCCCAAGUCCCUUGUGGAAGUGGACCCGUCCCAGCGCUGAGAGAGGCUCCUCUGGCGAGGAAUUAUCUCCACGAGCUUUUGCCAGGCUCUGCAGCGAGGAAGUUGGGUUACACCUGUGUAUCGUUGGAUCAUUGCUCCGUGUGUUUGCUCGGAAGAGGGUGCUGCCGUGCCAAAGAUAGCGGAGUGCUUCAGGAUCGAAUUUCUACGGCUGAUGCGAAGAAUUUGGCUGUGUCGUUCACGGGGAUCCGGCCAUGACGCAGAAACCGCAGUGAAGGAAAUACUGGCUUCUCAUUGGAGGAAUUGUUGUAGGUCAUGUGAUUUGUCCGAAUCGAUGUUGGUACACGGUCGUGGAAGUAUGUUGACGAGUCACAGCAACAGUUUGUGUAGUUCGUGUUGUUAAUUGCGAAUGUUCGUGACCGAGUUCAAUUGAGGAUGGUAACAGAGCCAAGUGUUUCCUCUCAGUGAAACUUCCCAAGGCUUGUGUUUGUAACUGUUAUUCAUAGGUCAUUUAGUGAUAACUGUGAUAUGAGCGACCAGUAUCUGUCCGUGGUACCACAAGGUGGUACCACGACAAACUCCCAUGCCCGGUCGUCUUCUUUCAGGAAUCGUCCCAGGCCGAAACUGAGUCUUAAGAUUGACUCCAGACCUCGAUCGGACAGCGUUCCACAAAUAUAUCUAUCUGUUGCGGAUUCCAACAACGACGUCAGGGCUGAACAUGCCUACGACGACAGCAACAGUGCACAUCAAGGGGCGGACUCUGCAGAGUCCGAUCGUUCAAGAAGACGUCAAAAGGAGUCUUAAACAUUGGAGACAAAUUCAAAAGUAAAAGUACAAACAGCUUAAAGUCUGGUGGUAGCUUCAUAAGUCUGCACGAUCAUGACAAAAAGCCGUCACGUGCGACCAGUGUGACAUCGAUGGACAGUGGAGCCUCGUCAGCUCCAUCUUACUACCGGGUGAUGGUUCUCGGGUCUGACGGGGUCGGGAAAUCUACGCUUAUUAGACAGUUUAUGACGUCAGAGAACUUAGGACCAUACGAGCCAAGAACACCAAUCGACGAACCGGAAACGACAGUAUCUGUGCUUCUUGAUGAAGAGGAGUCGGUGCUUGAGUUUGUUGACAACGCCUUGAUGGGUGACAUCGAAAGAGUCAAACCUGACUGUUUUCUGGUUGUGUUCUCUCUAACCGACAUCACAACUUUUGAAAUGGCCAAAACAUUGGUUCGUCACAUUCGAACCGACCUCGGCAACAACAGCGCCAUCAUCAUGGUGGCCAACAAGACCGACCUUGUGCGGCGGAGGCACAUAUCUGAAAGAGAUGCCAUUGCAAUUGCCUCCAAAUACGACUGCAAGUAUGUGGAGAUUUCUAUUGCCUUGAACCACCGAGUGGAUGACCUCAUCGUUGGGAUUCUCAGCCAGAUCCGAAUUCGGUUGCGACCUGACCGAGACAAGGCCCAGGACAAAAAGCUCAACAAGAUGUCACGUCCCAAGAGAGUGAUGACAAACCUUUUCAGCAAACUGUUCAAAAUCGGCCACGCAUCCGAAACGCAAAGAUGCGAGGAUCUCUUUUCUUGAACAAUACAACUCAUGUGGUGAUGGUGAUAUUCAACAAAUUUCGUUUCAGAAUAUCUGUUCAGUAGAGUCAACCCUUGGAGUAUUUGUUCCGUGGCUGGAUCUUCUUGGUGAAGAUGUUCCACAUCAAACGACAGUGACGUUGACGUUUCUGUCCACGUGGUUUUGUAAAUUACAAAUAGGAUAUCGUCGUUGUCAGUUUUCAGAUAAAUAUUCAAUGCGCUUUGGCCAAAAAAUACCUUCUUUACCUUUUUUAAACACAUUUUUGAGCUUCAAUGCUUAUGCAGCUGCAGUUGGAUUUACGGUGGCAGUUUGAAUGAACACUUGCUCAGAUAUUUUUGCAGUUUUCAUACAGUGUGGAUGUAUUCCUGUGAGGCUGGUAUGAUAGUUUCAGUGCAGAGGAUAACGUCCCUUGUGUCUUUCCCCAUCUCCACAAAACACCAUCAAUACUGAACGAGACAUUGACAUCCUAGACACUCCAACAACUAACUGGUGUAAAUAGAAGCUACUUCUCUCCUUUUACGGUUUUGAUAAAAUGUUUCUUUGUAUGUUUGCCUAAGUUGUCUUUUUUCCUGGUUUUCUAUGAUUUUCUUCAUUUUUCGUUUUAUCGUAUUCAUAAAAAAUAUGUAUAUAUAACCCCUCUCUUUUUCUCCCUUGAAGAUAUUCCAUUGUUAUUGUUUAGAUUGAUGGACCCCUUUGGCUUCUGGGGAUGAAGAGACAGAUAUGUAAUCAAAUUUUAAAAUUAAAAUUCUGAUCUUUA